GGGAUGUGGCACUGAGGGACAUGGGCAAUACUGCUGGUAGGCGGAUGGUUGGACUAGGUGAUCCAAAAGAUCAUUUCCAGCCUUAAUGAUUCUAUAAACUCCCAGACAUGCUAGUUUUGAGCGUAUGAACUGUUUUAAGGUGGAGAUGGGACCUGGGCCACACUGGUCCUGCAAAUAAAUGUUGCUGAUGGUGUGUCUGGAAGAGGAGGAGUGAGUCUAUUUAUUAAUUUUGCAUAGAUAAGGUCAUAAAAAAAGACUUUUCUAUUCUGUCUUCCCUGCAUAGCGCAGGCAUGAAGGCAUGUGUGAUAGCCGCAGUGUUGGGCCAAGUGAAGGAGACAGAAUGAUAUCACUGAGUCACUUAUAUCCCUGAUUUGCCAGGUUUGCAAAAUACUGCAUGUAUGUGGGAGGACAGGGCAGUUUCUUGUUCAGGCUUGCGCUUGGUUUUUCAAUGAAGAUGCUUUCUCUUUCCGAUGCAAGAUAAGAUCCCCUGAUAAUUGACAGUCUUUACGCUUUCCUCCUGUGUCGUGCAGUAGGUGUGAAUCAUUUUGUUAUCAGAGGACAGAUUUUGGACGUGUUCUGUAAACUUACUGACAACUGGUCAUCAUAGCCAGGAUUCUGAAAAUGCAAUUUAAACUGUAGAAAAUAAACCAAGGAUAAGAAAACCCUUAAAAAGAAGGGUUGUACUCAAAAACAGAAAUUAAUAGCAAUUAGAAAUUUAUAUUUGUUAGAUACAGCAUAAUUUUUAUCUCUUGAUAUUGGGAUGUAUGUUUGUAAUCAUUAUCUUUGUGUCAUUAAUCCUCACUUGAGGAAAAUGCUGUUCGUGUACUGGCAGGCAAAUCCAAAUUUGCAACUACAUGUAAAGAUAGGUAACAUUUGAGACUAAAACACCUGCUAAGUCUAACCUGCUAUUUACAGUCUGGCAUGUAACACUCAUCAUCUGAAUUCAGUAAUUAGGAGGUGAACAGCUACAUAUGUUUUUAAGCUUCCCAAGGCUUCAGCAGAAGUCAUUCCAUGUUUUCAUGUUCUGGGUACCUACAGACAGCAUGCUGUGCCUCUGGUCAGUGAUCAGCCUGAUCUAUCUCAGUAAUGGGAAUAGAUGGGGUGCCAGGAAAAGGUAGGCAGUGAUAAAGAGGGAGGGACAGAGGGAGGGAAAGAACUGAGACGCUACAGGACUCAGUCUGCAAAGAGAAGUGGCGUAACGAGGAGGAAGAUCACCUUUCCCAAGCUCCAGUACUUCAUUAUUGAUAGAGACAAGCUGAAAAAUCAGCUUUGAAAUGCUGACAAUUAGCCAAGCUUUUGUCAUUUUAGUAAUUUUUUUGUUAAGUGUUCAGUUUCUCAAACUGCAAAAGGCUCGCCAGCAAUUCCCUCCUGGACCAACUCCUCUCCCAUUGCUUGGAAACUUGUUGCACUUGAACUUUCAGUUUCAUCGGGAUCUUCUGAUGGAGCUGGCAAAAACUUAUGGCAACAUAUAUACCUUGUGGUUUGGGUGGACCCCAGUGAUCAUACUGAAUGGAUUUCAAGCAGUGAAGGAUGGCAUGACGACACACCCUGAAGAUGUUGCUGGGAGAAUGAUAUCUCCUUUCCUCAGGGCAAUGGCCAAAGGAAAAGGUAUUUUACUGGCAACUGGUCGCUCUUGGAAGCAGCAGAGACGCUUUGGUAUGAUGACUCUACGCAGCCUGGGAAUGGGGAAAAAAGGCCUGGAGUACCGAGUGCAAGAGGAGGCUGCUCACCUGGUGGAGCACUUUAGGAACCUGAAAGGAAGACCUAUGGAUCCUUUGUUCCCACUUUUCCAUUCUAUUUCAAAUGUAAUCUGUGCUGUGGUUUUUGGAUAUCACUUCUCUGAUGAGGACAAAACCUUCCACGAACUGAUCAGUGCCACUGAGAAGAUAUUUAGUUUUGCAGGCAGCUUCGUUUAUCAGCUGUAUGAAAUCCUCCCCUGGCUGAUGUGCCGUCUCCCUGGUCCUCAUAAGAAAGUGUUGUCGUGCUAUGAUGUCCUGAGUUCUUUUUCAAGGCUGGAGGUCAGAAGACAUGUGGAGAGAGGGACACCAGAGGAACCGCGGGAUUUCAUUGACUUUUAUCUGGCUGAGAUAGAGAAAUCUAAAGAUGAGGACAAACCCAAGUAUGAUGAAGACAACUUGGUGCAUGUUAUAAAUGAUCUUUUCCUCGGUGGAUCAGAGACCUCAAGCACAACCUUGUACUGGGGACUGCUUUACAUGGUAGUCUAUCCAGAUAUCCAAGAGAAAGUGCAGAAGGAGCUGGAUGCUGUUUUGGAUCCCUCCCAGACAGUCUGCUAUGAACAUCGGAAAAAGCUGCCCUAUACGAACGCUGUGAUUCAUGAGAUCCAGCGCUUCAGCAACAUUGUCUUUGUUGGCCUGCCCAGGGUGUGUGUGAGGAACACAACAUUGCUGGGUUAUCCUGUCAAAAAGGGCACCAUCGUUGUUCCAAACAUAGCAUCUGUUCUCUAUGAUCCCGAGCAAUGGGAGACACCUCGACAGUUCAACCCUGGCCAUUUCCUGGAUAAAGAAGGAAGCUUUGUAAAUCGAGAAGCCUUCUUACCGUUCUCGACAGGGCACCGGGUGUGUUUGGGGGAGCAUCUGGCAAGGACUGAGCUCUUCAUUUUCUUUGCCAACCUGCUACGGGCAUUUACCUUCCGGCUCCCCGAGGGAGUGACGACGGUCAACACUAAGCCCAUUUUUGGGGGCACUCUGCAGCCCCAUCCGUACAAGAUUUGUGCCAUCCCACGCUAGGCUGCGGACAUCACAGACCACCUUUACCUCAGUGAACUUCCUCUCAGAUGUAUAAACGUUCUUUGAUCAGCCAGUAUAUUGACAUUAGUCUAUUGCAGUACUAUUCUGAAAGUGGAGACAAUACUUCUGAUAUGGUCCUUGUGAAGGUCCCAGGCAUUCUUGCAAGGAUCUUAUCUAUUUUUUCUCCCCCUUUUUGGAGAGCAUCCGAAGAAAUGGCUCCCAGUUGUGAAGAUUGCAUUCUGUGCCUACCUGUCUUAGCCACGUAGGAUUGCCGUGGUGCUCACUAUUGAGCAAACCUCAGUGAGAUUAAACAGAAGACCUCACCAAGAGCUGAGCAAGUGUCACUUCUGUGAGUGGUCUGACCUCAAGGCAUCUGACUCUGGAAAGUGCACAUUUAAAGGCCUACUAUGGUUUUACUAUCCUGAGGCACUUUAAUUUGUUGGCAGGUUGGAAAUAAAAGAAAAUAAAAUGGAAACACAUUGGAAUAUGAGUGCAUUAAUGUCUGAGUUUGAGGUAAGCAUCUCCCAUGGAUAAGAUGAAAAGAGUCAACGUGAAUUCAAAGAAACUUAAAUUUCAUAGUUACUAGCAGUGUGAAUGUGUAACUCAGCAGUGUAAUCAUUGUUAUAAUAUAUUGCCACUUUAGUUUGUCA